UUCUGAGUUGUUUGCCAACCGUCAGCAAACCACGCAGAAGAAGAAAAAGGGGGGGGAGGAGGAGGAGGAAGAAGAAACGGGAAGAAAGUAGGGAAAGGAGCAGGAGAAGAAGAAGUGGCUUAAAAAAACAACACGGACACUUGGCUGUCUGUUAACAAACAAGGUUACACAAUUAUACGAGAGCAGCAGGUGUAAGAUAACAACCGGAUGCAUGAUGUGAGGUGUGUAAAAACCUUUUGACACCUGGAAGUGGAUGUUGAUAUGGUGGACCUGAGAUUGACCCUCAGGAGCCCCCAGUCUCACUUUUAUAAUGAGAGCCUGGGGAAAAUGUUGCCACAGAUUAUGGAUCUAGGAUAUCAUCUUCCAUGAGAUUCCAAUUUCACAGCGCUUCAAUCAUACAGCUGUAAACAACAUGGAGAGAGAAGCAGCUGAGAAGGAAAUGGAUUGGGUUACUGACACUGAUGAGGACAUCCCUGAUGGUGAUCCCAACUUAGUGGCUGAGGCUAGUCAGUGGGAGGCCAGGCCCACUGAUGAUGAAUGUGAGCGGGACAAAACAGCCAAAUCUCAGGACACCCCACAUCCAGCCACUUCACCAGCCUCUGGUGCUGGCGAAGCAGAGUAUUGUGGAUCUACAGAGGCCAAAGAGUUUGAGCAUGACACUGCAGAGCAUGAGAACUCGCAUGUUAUAAAUCAAGAAGAGGAUGAAGCUGCGAAGGAGCAGCACAUGAACGGGGAGUCUGGUUGGAGGAACGUGGGACCUGGGCGGAGAUGCAGAUUCAGGAGCAGUGGGUCAGUUUCAGAGCAGAGCAGUCAAAGUGCUUUUUCCUCCCUUCAAAAAGGCAAUGUUAUGUCAAGUGGUGGUCGGCACAAGCAGACCCGCAGACGUAACCACCACCACCAUCAGCAGAACCGAGGCCGCAGGCGGACAGGCAACCAGCUCGUCCUAGCUUUCAAGGAGAUGCUGUCAGAGUCUCUGAGCUUUUGGUGCAUCUCCUGCGUCCACAUGAUGAUUGAGAUUAUUGUCACAUUAACUCACAAUUGUGGAGUUGGUGUGGAGGCUGGAGGGGUGAAACUUUACAACUUUGGGCAUCAGCUCCUGGUGAAGAUCACAGAUACAGCAGGAAUGAAGGCGGAUGCUAGUCGGAUUCUGAAAUGGACGAAAUGCGCAGGAGCAGACCUGGUGGAUAAAAUUGUUCGGUUAGUAAAGUGGGUGAAGACAGCUGCCUUAUCUUUUUUGAGACUUUUCUGUGCUUUGGUUAUUCUCGGUUCCCAGUGGGCAAAGGGUGCGUUGGUUCGCCUUGGAGGAGAGAAGGGAAAACGCUAUUGGACAACUUUUCAGGAGUCAAGGUUUUGGAAGAGGGUGGUGUCCCUGCUGGAGACGGUCCGAAGCAGGUUCAGGAGGCAUGGCCACGUACCACCGUCCAGCCCUGACUCUCCCGGCAGGGCAGGGAGAAGCCAGCCAGGCCAGGAGCUGGAGAGACUGCUGGCCUUGGCUGAGGUACCAGAGGACGAGCUCGACCCCUUUACAGUGCUGGGUGUGGAGGUGCAUGCCACUGAGGCUGAACUGAAGAAGGCCUACAGACAGCUGGCUGUCCAGGUCCAUCCAGACAAAAAUAAACACCCCCGUGCUGGAGAGGCGUUCAAAGUACUGAGGGCUGCAUGGGAUAUUGUCAGUAACCCAGAGACGCGACGAGAGUACGAGUUGAAGCGUAUGGCAGCAACCGAGCUCUCAAAGUCCAUGAACGAGUUUCUCACUAAACUGCAGGAUGACCUGAAGGAAGCCAUGAACACCAUGAUGUGUACCAAGUGUGAAGGCAAACACAAGCGGUUCGAGAUGGAUCGUGAACCUGCUGAGGCCCGGUUCUGUGCCGAGUGCAACCGCUGCCAUAGUGCUGAGGAGGGGGACCUGUGGGCCGAGUCCAGCAUGUUGGGCCUACGUAUCACAUACUUUGCAUGUAUGGAUGGCAAAGUGUAUGAUAUUACAGAGUGGGCAGGUUGCCAAAGAAUCGGCAUUUCUCCUGACACGCACCGUGUGCCCUAUCACAUCUCUUUUGGUUCAAAGAACAACAGCAACUCCACACGACACAGGACACCGUCAGAGCACGCCCCAAGUCCGACCAACCCUGCAGAUUUGCAGGACUUCUUCAACCGCAUCUUCAAGGGAGGACCUCCUAACGACAUGGCUGCCAACGGGGGAUUCUUCGCCUCAGGUCCCCCCCAUCAGCAGCCCCCUGGUGCCGGAGCGCCCCCGUUCUCCCCCCCCGAGCCAGACAGGUUUCUACGGGCCGGGGGGUCAGCGGCCAGAGUCCAGUGAGACAUGGGCUGAAAGUGGCAAACCCCCCCGAAGGAGGAAGAAGGUCCGCAAACCCUUCCAGAGGUGAAGUCCGUUGACCUCUCAGCGUAUCAACAUAGCAACACAGGGACACAAUAAAUAACGGCCAUGUUUGUCUCUCGGCUCCCCGUCGGCCCGCCAGGAUCUGAACUCGAGAUAAUUCCUGUGGUUAAGGUCCGAUGAGCCAGAGGUGUGUGAGAGAAAGACGGGAUCAUUAAGAGGAGCCUGUUUACUAAACAAGUAUUGAAGGAGGGUUGAAGAGGUGAUGGUGCUUUACCUCUCAUUUCACCUUGUUGUUCUGUUGGUCUUCAAGACGACUGUAGCCUUGGCAUUGAAAUCCUUAUCGGGAUGCUGUAAUGAAACGUUUUCCUUUUCAUAAUUUCCUGCCAAAUCCUGCAAAGCAUGAUUUAUUCACCUGUGUUUUAACACUUUUUUUUUUUUCACUUUUUUGUUUUUAAUGUUUUUUAUAAGGUUAAGUUUAAGAUGUUGGUUCCAGACAGAGUGACACUUGAAGAGAGAGGAUCCACAUAAUUAACAUGAAGAAGAUAAUGAUCUGGGCGACUUCACUGCGUCAGUGUUUACUCGUGUUAGAUCUGCACCUCGCCCACCGUAUUUCAAGAAUGAUUUAAAACCAGUUGAACCCAAAACCUCUGAACUGCUAGAAGUGCACUCAAAGUUCAGUUUCAGUGGUUAGAGAAACCAAACACAUCCUUUCAAAGUUAUUACUAUAUGAAGAGUUGGCCAUUUGUGCAGAAUUAGUGCAUUUGUUAACCUCUGUUUUCAAAAGCCACUGAGCCAGAGAGGAGACGGUCAAGAUGUAAAAUCUGGACCAGAAUAAGUGAAGAUGAUGAAGAGUGUUUUUGUUCUGAGAUCAGCCGUUUCAAACAUGUUAAAUCUGCCUGCUGUUAGUUUCAGUUCCAGAUUGACGUUAUUAUUAGGGUUUAAAAUCUAACAGCAGGAAUGAGAAACUUUGAUAAAUUCUCAAAACUUUGAAAUGUGACGCAUUGACAUUUUGAAAUACUGAUCUUUUUCUUCGCCAGGGAGGAAUUGCUGUUUUGAUGUCCACAUACAAUUGAUCUACUCUGCUCCCUGUUGAUUGAACAUUAAAACGGUGGUCACAGUUAAACUCAUUUACAAAGCGUAACAGCCGUUUGAGUGAUUUUAGAUCAUAAAGUGUGCUAAUUUACAUAUACUGAAGCAAGCCUGACCUGCACGAAAACUCGAAUGCUGUCAAAUCAACAUUGUUACUUUUAAUUUGUUCAUUACCGACUGAAAAUGGCACGCGUUUGCAAUAUGUUAGUUUCAUAUAGUUGAUUUGCGUAGUCGUUCAUGCUGCUACUGAAAAGAAAACCAUUUUGAUCAGGGUCUCACUUGUUGUAGAGUACCAUUUUAUGCCAGCAAAGAUGUUUCGGAGCAUGUUAAGCCGUGCCUUCUCCAUCACUGAUCUGUCAUGACUGUCACCAAUUAAAGAAACAAAUCAUCGGACUCUUAAAGUUUUGCAGAUAUAAACUUUAUAUAUAUAUUCUGGUUAAUACUUCCACCUGGACGUGGUUCAGCUUUCAAAAUGUCAAAGUCACAGAAACUCUAAAGCUAAACAACGGACUCCCCUGUGUUACUACUGUACAGUAUGUAACAACAUGAAGGGGUCAGAAAAAAGAGAAUUGGUUGUAUUUGGGAUUUUGUUUCUUGACAUGGUUCUUGCAUAGAAAUAAUUUAAUGUUCUACAUAAGUUAAGAAAACAGCUGUUUACAGUGAGUGGAGUGAAAUGGCAUUUGAUAAAGGCUAUUUUUUUUAUAUUGACGGUUGAUGAAAAGUACCACGUUCAAUGUUUUUUUUUUUUGUGUGUUAAUUUGCACACCCACAACAGUAAUAACAUCAGAGGGAUCUUGAACAGUCAUCAGCGAUUCAGCCUAACCAGACUCCUGCAGCUGCAGCUGUGUAGGAGGUGUAGCUCGCUAAGAUAACGGCUCAUUUGCAAUUAAGAUUAUUUUUUGGUAGAAACUGAAUGUUAAAUGAGUGAGAAAAAUGUUAAUGGAAAAAAAAAACACAUUUAAGUCCACGUCCGUCACUCUGGGAAACCCAAGUAUCAGAACUAUCUUCUGGCAUUGUACUUCAUAAUGCAGGUUUGUCUGGUAGCUUGAAAAGAUGAACCUUUGAUGCAAAUGUUUGAGCUCAGUGAAGCAGGUCAUUAAGUUUGCCAUGUUUGUUUUUAAUCCGUCAAAAUAGCUUUUCUGUUGUACGCAUUUGACCAGUUUUCCAGACACGGUUUGAGUUGUCAACUAAAAGGGCCCUUUUAAAUGAAACCAACUGAAAAUGUAAAAAUAAUUCUGGAUUUAUUUUCAUUCUGGUGAAAAACCAUUUGAUAGUAUAAAGAAAGGUUUGGACAGAACUAUGAGGCCUUAACAUAUUUUUUUUCAACUGGGCAGGAUUCAGAUCGUUAACUGUGUGAUAAUCAGAAAGAAAACUAAAAUUGACUUUGAUCAAAUAUUUCAUUCACAAAUUAGGUUAAUUUGAUUUUCUUUUUUUCCCAACGUGCAAUUUCUCAUCUUACAUACUUAUUUAGGCCUUUUAUUAUCUACGCUUUUUUCUUCAGAUCAUCAAAUAUCUGAUUCAGCCCUGUCUGGAAAACUGGAUUAGCAGCUAUACCCACGUUGAGCAGAGUGCUUUGUUUUCCCACACGUCCACCUUGACUUGAGAAUGUUCUGUGCUGUACGUUAAGGUAGCAGGUUGAAGUCCAAGAGGUCAAUGAAAGAAUGAACACUUCAGAUUUCUUUUUCCUUCUCCAGCUUUUAACAGAAUAUGCAGAAGUAUUGCAAAAAAAAAAAAUAAGACAAUCAUCAGGGUUUUUUUCUUUGAGGGAAUUAUGAGGCGAGUUCCCUGGCUGGCAAAACAGUUUUAAAAUAUCACUGUUGGCUUUCUUUCCCCCGCUUUCUCUGGUUUUCAAAAUAAAGAGGAUUUCCUAUA